AAAGAAGAUGAAUGUGUGGCUAGCACCCUCUCAUCAUCACCUUCAUCUUCCAAUUAUUCCCACUAAGCUUACCAUUCAAAACACCCUCCUUGCAACUACACUCUCCUUUGGCUUAUUUUUUUCUCCCUUCCCUUCUUCUGCCUCAGCCUCUGCUAUUCAAUCCCCUUCUCUUCCAAUCCCUCUUUCUCCUUCCUGGGAAAAAUGCAGUGAUGUUGAGUUAAGAGAUGGGACGGUUCCAACUGCUCCUGAAGUUGUUACUAAUGAAGGACUUGUUCAGGAAGCUUGGCAGAUUGUUAAUGAUGACUUUCUUGACACUGGUCGCCACCGUUGGUCUCAAGAUACCUGGCAGCUGAAGAAGAAUGAUAUUUUGAGCAAUUCCAUUCCGACAAGGUCAAAGGCACACCAAAUCAUCAAGCGAAUGCUGGUCAGUUUAGGUGAUCCAUAUACAAGGUUUCUUUCACCAGAGGAGUUCUCCAAGAUGGCAAGGUAUGACAUGACGGGUGUUGGAAUAAACCUUAGGGAAGUUACUGAAGACAAUGGAGACCACAGGCUGAAGGUAUUGGGAUUAAUAUUGGACGGUCCUGCAUAUUCUGCUGGUGUCAGACAGGGGGAUGAAAUAUUGGCAGUCAAUAACAUGGAGGUAAAGGGAAAAUCAGCGUUUGAAGUAUCAUCCCUGUUGCAAGGCCCUAACGGAACAUCCGUGACUAUUCAGGUCAAGCAUGGAAACUGUGGACCCGUUGAAUCAAUAGAAGUCCAGCGGCAAUUUGUGGCUCGCACACCUGUCUCUUACCGGAUGGAACAGGCUGACAGUGGUGCUGUUCAAGUUGGGUACAUCCGCCUCAAGGAGUUCAAUGCAUUGGCUCGAAAAGAUUUAGUCAUUGCAAUGAAGCGACUGCAAGAUAUGGGUGCCUCAUAUUUUGUAUUGGAUCUUAGAGAUAAUCUUGGUGGGCUCGUACAGGCUGGAAUUGAAAUUGCAAAGCUUUUCCUAAACGAAGGAGACACGGUCAUCUACACUGCUGGGAGAGACCCCCAGUUCCAGCAAGCUGUUGUUUCAGAUACUUCACCGUUGAUCCGUGCUCCUGUUGUUGUUUUAGUGAAUGACAAAACUGCUAGUGCAAGUGAAAUAGUUGCUUCUGCACUCCAUGAUAAUUGUAAAGCUGUUCUUGUUGGAAAACGCACAUAUGGCAAGGGUUUAAUCCAAUCUGUAUUUGAGCUUCAAGAUGGCUCUGGUGUGGUUAUUACUGUUGGGAAGUAUGUCACACCAAAGCACAAGGACAUAAAUGGAAACGGAAUAGAACCAGACUUCCAGAAACUUCCAGCUUGGGAUGAUGUCAGUCAACAUCUUUCAAAAUGCAGUUUGCUUCAGCAAGGAUAAAACUGUUUCUGUGGCGCAUUGAAUGCAAUCGUUUUGCUUCUGGUUUUUCAUUUAAUUGGAAACUUAAGAACCUGCAUGCUUCUAUCAAGAAAAAAAAGAAUCUGCAUCCUGAAAGCUGCCAUGUAUAUAUCUCAAGAGUUCCAGGUUAUUAUUAAUAAAUAUAUAACCCAAGAUUGGUAGGAAGAAAUGAUCUCAGCUAGCAUGCAUAUGAGUUUGUAUCAAAGAGGGCAGAGCAUUGGAUUUUAAUACUUAACUAACAUAGGAAACUUUGUUUAAGUUAUUGUAUAUUUUGAUACUAUUCCCUUAAUCUUUUUUUACUUUUUCAAAUUUGAGUGUAUCAAAUAUGAAUGCUUAAAAAGUGUCACAUUAUUGGUGAACAAAUUAUUAUAGUAUUGAAAAUAAAGAAAAUGGAAAUUGCAAUUUUUUCUGCAAA